AUGGCUUCGCUCCUCCGACUGGCGGUCAUAUUGCUGACCGUAGCCAGCGCGUCCCUCCUUCACACGACUACGGCGGACCUCCUGCUGAGGCCAGAGCGCGUGCCUCGCGCGCAGUUCCGCAUUCGCUGCAACUUCAGCCACGCGCUGCGGGAUGACCCCAUCGUCUUCCCUGGGCAGCCCGGCAAGUCCCACCUGCACGACUUCCUCGGCAGCACGAUCACCAAAGCCGACACCACCGAUGCCAGGGCGCUGGUGGGCAGCAAGACAACGUGCGGGCUGAAGGCGGACUCAGCAGCGUACUGGUUCCCGUCCAUGUUCAUGCGCACCAACCAGAAGGACGCCAAGGGCCAGUACAUCUACAAGCACUUAAAGCCCAACUGGACGCUCUUCUACUACCGCACGUCCGUCAAGAACCCGGAAACCAUCAUGCCCUUCCCGCGGGGCUUCCGGAUGAUCACAGGCAACCCAUUCGCAGGAUCUAAACAAGCUGACGACAUGGCGAACGUGGAAUGGUGGUGCGGCGCGCGCGGCAAGCACGGUAACGACUUCCCGCACCAGAAGUGUCCUGCAGGCGACCAGCUGAUCGGCAAGAUCAACUUCCCCGUGUGCUGGGACGGCAAGAACACCGACAGCGCGGAUCACCGCAGCCACGUGGUGCACAUCCCGCUCAACACCACGUGCCCGUCGUCCCACCCCGUGCCGCUGCCGCGCAUCAGCAUCAAGGUGUACUACCCCGUCGACACGGACCUCGACCUCACGUGGCCCGAGAACGGCGUCAAGGGCAACCCCGCUGUCUACCUCUCCACCAUACAGAGCGGCGGCACGGGCAGCCCCUUUGAGUAUCACAGCGACUUUAUCAACGGGUGGGACCAGAAGGUGCUUGGCCGACUCGUGAGGAAGUGCAUCAACCGCAACAAGAAGUGUCUCGUGCAGGAAGACAAUCAUGUGUAA